AUUCCAUGGGUCACAUUUUUAAGCUACUCUUUCCUUCUAUAUUUUUUCGAUGUGGGAUCUUAGCUCUUCACACUCACAAGGGAAACAUGCUUCAACACACAUGAGUAAGAACUAUCAAGGAGGAGAACUGAAUUACCAAGAGGAUUGCAACGGCAUAAUCACCAGGGAGAAGAACAUUGUUGCUGCACCCAGACUUGAGAAUAACUCAAAUGACAAGUGUGAAGAUUUUAAUUUCCUCUCACCUGAUCCAACACUAAGCACGGUAGGAACAAGUUCAAGUGUAAACCAUAAGGAAGAUUCCCUAGAGGACUGUGAUUUCUUACAUGCAAUUUUAAGAUGCAUAAACAAAAUGCUCAUGGAAGAAGAUACAAAGGAAAACACAUGUAUGGUUCAAGACUCCUUAAAGCUUCAAGCUGCUGAGAAGUCAUUCUAUGAGGUUCUAAGCAAGAAAUACCCACCUUCUCCUGAACAAAAUGUUGAUGAAAACAUGGAAAGCCAAGAUGGUAGUUUCAUGCAAAAUUCCUAGAGGUUUUGAGAGGCCUUGUUUCAAUCUAAGAUGGAAAGAAUCCUGAAUUUUGAACAACGUAUAAUGCACGUUUCAAGAGGCCUUGAAGUAAAACCAAACUUACUCA